AUGGAUCAAAGUUCAGAUGUAAACUCGGAUCAUUAUUAUAUGGAAUUCGUCGAGAGUAGUAUGUCCCCUGCUAAAGACUCCUCUCCGUACGAUGACAUGGAAAUCGAGGGUAGUUUAACUCCUAAAAAGCCCUUGAUGUCACCUAAUGAUUCUGAUAAACCGUUUAAAAGACAUAAACCUGAAUCCAAUAAAGGAAGGCCAAAGCAGAGUUUUGUUUGGAAUUAUUUUAUCACCGAAGAUGAUUCGAAUUAUUGUCAAGUAACCGUACCGGUUUCAUUAAAGUAUCCCGAAGGCAAAUGUAACCAUAAAUUGAAAAGUGGUACGACUACGACAAAUAUGAUCAAUCAUUUAUCCAAAAUACACGGAAUUAAAAACUAUACAGAGGAAGAAAGGCUUAAGGCUCAAGGUCAAAAGGUUAUAAAUAUUCAAUUUCCUACAUUGAAUGAAGAUCAAAAAUUUUACCUUAAAAAGAAAUAUUUAAAGUUCCUCAUUGAUUGCGGACAUCAACUUGAAUUAUCGAAAUGUGAAUAUUUCAAAGAGUUUGUUACAACUUUGAAUCCAUUAUUUGAGGUUCCAACUGAUGAAUCUUUAAGUUACCUAGCUGUUAAUUUAUAUGAUAUCGCUAUAGAUGCAUUAAAAAAGAUAUUCCAAAAAACAGAUAAAAUCUGUUUAACUUGCAAUUUCUGGAAAAGUAAGGGGCACGGUAUCAUUGUGAUCACGGCAAAUUGGAUUUCAGAUGAUUAUAAACAUCAAGAAGCCUUUUUAACUUUGGAAGAGAUCGAUUUUCCAUUCACCCCUAUAUCAAUCAAAAAAAAAAUAAGAGAGAUCAUACAUGAAUGGAAUAUCUCUAAUAAAGUAUCAUUUAUAACAACUGAGAAUUCUGCUCGUAUGAUUGAAGCAAUUAAGUUGUUGGGAGGAGAACUUAACGUUGAACGAAUUUCAUGCGUUUCUCACACGCUUCAACUUGUAAUAGGAAAAGCCUUGAAUGUCAAUCAAAAUAUUCAAAUCUUUAUCUUGAGAGUGAAAAGAUUGGUACACUUUUUUAGUACACCCAAACAAUUGGAGAGUCUUAUAGAGGCACAAGAAGCGUUACAUUAUACAAUGGUCUACGAAAUGGUUAGUGAAAUUCCAACUAGAUGGAAUUCCUCUUAUCAUUCCUGGGAGAAAUUAUUAAUUCUGAGAAGAGACUUAACCUAUUUAUGUAAUGAAACUAAUUCAGGUCGUGACGUAGAAGAAAGAGAUGCGUUGAAAAGAAUAAUGUUAUCUGUUGAUGAAUGGGAUCUAAUGGAUCAUUUGGUUAAGAUUUUGGGGAAAUUUGAAGAAAUCACCAGAUUAUUAGAUGGAUCAAAUUAUAUCACAAUGUCAUUGGUAUAUCCUAUGAUUUUAACUUUAAAAAGUCACAUUAAAGAAAUGUUGGCUAAAUAUCAAAAUGGUCAAAGUAGCAGGGAUCCUUAUAUGAAUGCAGACUCAUUUUUUGAUGACGUCAUAACGGAUAUUCAAAAUGAAAUUUUGAAUGGGUUUCAAGAGAUUUCAACUAAUGUGGAGGCUGACGUUGUUUGCAUUGAAGGAAAAGGUUCUAAACAAGUUUUAAAUAUCUCCGAACCGAUCAAAGUGGAUGGUUUGGUUAUUUCGGUUUUAGAAACCUUAGAUAUUGCACUAAAUAAGUAUUGGUCGGUGUCCUCAGACGUUGGGCUCUUUGCCACCAUAUUGGACCCUCGAACAAAAAAGUUAAAAAAAUUUACCGAGGCUGAAAGACAAAGGGCAAUCGCUUUGCUCAUUGAUAGAUAUGAAAUUUAUAAUGUAAAUGAUAACGAUGAAAAUAAAUCGGAAUCACAAAAUGAUGUGGAUUUAUUAAAUAAUAAAUCCAUAAUGAAUAUGAUAAUGGAAGAUGAGGAAAGUUCCGAUGAGGAAGAAGAGAAUGAAAUUAAUAUUUAUUUGAAAAAUAAGGCUAAUAGGGAUAUCUUGCCAUUAAUUUGGUGGGAAAAUAAUGAAAAGAAAUUUACGUUUUUGAGCAAGAUGGCUAAGGAAUAUUUAGCCAUACCUGUUACAUCAACAGAUUCUACAGAAAGUUCAUUCGGCAUAAUAAAUAACACCAAUAACUGCAUGCCGCCAAAAAAGUUUUACUUUUUAAAAAAAAAUUCCAACUUACUUAAGAUUUAUGAUUAA